CUUACUUUUUUUUUUGCAACAAUGUAUAUACGUUGGUUUCAACAUUCACAAAUUUCAGAAUUUUCAUCCACAUUGACUUCUGUCUCAGGAUUAGUUGUUACUUUGAUGACAUCAGCUUUAGUACCAGUCGAUGUUUUUCUGAUUUCUUAUAUGAAAAAUGCUGAUGGAUCUUUUAAGGAAUGGGCUGCAGACAAUUCCACUCAGAACUCUAUUGAAGAUACUAUCUCAUAUUGUUAUUAUGGCUUGUAUGGGUUGGUUGCUUUGUUUGUGUUUGUAAUAUUGCCUUUUAUGUACUUUUUCUAUGAGGAAAAAGAUGAUAGCGUUACAAACAAAGAGAGAUGUUGUACAGCAUUAAAGUAUUCUAUGGUAUUUUUGCUGGCAGCUUUUGUCAUACUAAUAACAGGUGCCUUUGUUCCAUUGAAACCAUUGCCUUCAAAUAUGACUGCUUUCGAUGAAAAAUUUAAUUUUCUUAAACAUGAGUUAGAAAAUUAUAAAAAUAUAAAACAGACCAUGUCCAUCCUUGUUGGUGUAAUUUCUAUGUUUGGAAUGUUGAUGCUAAUUCAGUAUGUGGCUUUUGGGAUGUCUGCAUUACCGCUUGGAAUGAUUCGAUGUGGUAAAAUAUACAGAGAAGAACCUGAAAGUAGACAGAAGUUAUCAAGAAAAGAAAAAGAUAAAGAAAAAGCAAAUAUGCUAAGGGCAAAGAUUAAGGCUAAAGUUAGUCUCACCCGCUUUGAACGAAAUGAGAUGCGAAGAAUUGAACAAGAUGAAUUGUUACAAAACAGGAUUGAUCGGAAAAAAAAAAAAAUGAAAAAGGGCAUUUUCCAUAAAUUAUUACAACUAUUAAAGCCAUUUCAAGUGUUAUUUGGAGUUUUUUUCCUUUUCAUUUCAUUACUUAUUAUGAUUUCUCUUACCAUUACCAGCAUUGAUAAAGCUUUACAUUCACUGGGAUUGAAAUCAGGUUAUGCUUUGCCUAAACCUACUUUUCCAAAUCCUGUUAAUAUUGUCAUGGUUUAUACUCAACAAGUCUUUCCUCUUGAUUAUUUAUUGUUUACGGGUGUAAUUCUCUUUUUUGUCUUUGGUUGUAUGAAUGGAAUUAAGAAAAUUGGUAUAUGGUGCUGUUGCAUUAAGAUGUUUAAAAUACGUCCUGGUCGAACAAUGCCUCAGGCUUUAAUAUUCAUGGUCUUUAUUCUAAUGCUGAUGAUUGUCUCCUUGAAUAUUUUAUUAUUAACAGCAAUUCCUCAAUAUAUGCAGUUUGGCAACCAAAAGUAUUCACUAUACAGUCAAAACAGCACAAACAGCUCCCGUCAUAAUGAAACAGAUAUUAAACCUCAAACAUAUUUAUGCACCACAAAUGCUCCUGAAGGACACUGUAUUAUGAGUCGACUGGCAAUAAUCCUGAAUACAUUGUUUUACAAAGCUUGGUUUUUCGGAGCCUUUUAUUACUGGAGUAUAUGGCUUUUUAUUGGUGUGUAUUAUAUUGGACUGAUAUACAACGUAGUAGCCAUGUUUCGAAAAAAAACGAUAGCAGAAAUUCUUAGCAGUGACGAAGAUUCAGAAGAAGAUAUGCAUAGGCUAUUAACAGCCUGAACAUUGGGUUCGUUAAAAUAUAAAACUUCAUUUUCUUCAAAAACUUUCAACAUUGUGUAUAUUUCAAUAAAGACUUUUAUGAAGUUUUUUUUCUUAAUAUUUUUAUGGUUAAAUAUUUAUCCUUUUCGUUUUCUUUUUUUAUUUAUUUUUUAAAUAAUUUUUUCACAAUCUUGUUAAUACCAGCAUAUUCACAUUCGAGUAUAUGAAUAUAUUU